UCCGAGGCAUUCCUUGCUCACAAUGUAUAGAACAAAAGUCAGUUUGAAAGACCGUCAGCAACUUUAUAAACUGAUAAUUAGUCAGCUGCUAUAUGAUGGAUACAUAAAUAUUGCUAAUGGCUUGAUAAAUGAGAUAAAACCACAGUCAGUCUGUGCACCAUCUGAACAACUGCUGCACCUAAUUAAGUUAGGAAUGGAGAACGAUGACAGUGCUGUUCAAUAUGCAAUUGGACGGUCAGAUACGGUAGCUCCAGGCACAGGAAUUGACUUGGAAUUUGAUGCAGAUGUACAGACCAUGUCUCCUGAGGCUUCUGAAUACGAGACUUGUUAUGUCACAUCUCAUAAAGGACCGUGUCGUGUAGCUACAUAUAGCAGAGACGGACAGUUAAUAGCUACAGGAUCUGCUGAUGCCUCAAUAAAAAUUCUUGAUACAGAGAGAAUGCUGGCCAAAAGUGCUAUGCCUAUUGAGGUCAUGAUGAAUGAGACAGCACAGCAAAACAUGGAAAAUCACCCCGUUAUUCGGACUCUGUAUGAUCAUGUGGAUGAAGUUACGUGUUUAGCUUUUCAUCCAACAGAACAGAUCCUCGCAUCUGGUUCAAGAGACUACACACUUAAAUUGUUUGAUUAUUCAAAACCUUCUGCCAAAAGAGCCUUCAAAUAUAUACAGGAAGCAGAGAUGUUGCGCUCAAUUUCUUUUCAUCCUUCUGGAGAUUUCAUACUUGUUGGUACCCAGCACCCUACUUUGCGACUGUAUGAUAUCAAUACUUUCCAGUGUUUUGUGUCUUGCAAUCCUCAAGAUCAGCACACUGAUGCUAUAUGUUCAGUAAACUACAACGCAAGCGCAAACAUGUAUGUGACAGGAAGUAAGGAUGGAUGCAUCAAACUGUGGGAUGGUGUUUCCAAUCGCUGUAUCACUACUUUUGAGAAGGCACAUGAUGGAGCUGAAGUCUGUUCUGCUAUUUUUUCCAAAAAUUCAAAAUAUAUCUUAUCAAGUGGAAAAGACUCUGUAGCUAAACUAUGGGAGAUAUCCACUGGUCGAACACUGGUCAAAUACACAGGAGCUGGUUUGAGUGGACGACAAGUACAUAGGACACAAGCUGUCUUCAACCACACAGAAGACUAUGUGCUGCUUCCAGAUGAAAGGACCAUAAGUCUCUGCUGCUGGGAUUCAAGAACUGCUGAACGGAGAAAUCUUCUUUCUCUUGGGCACAACAGCAUUGUCCGUUGUAUUGUCCAUUCUCCUACCAAUCCUGGCUUCAUGACCUGCAGUGAUGACUACAGGGCUAGAUUUUGGUACAGAAGGUCAACGACAGACUAAGGACAGCUUUAUAAAACCGUGAUUAUCCAGAUUCAUUAUAUCAUCGUGUUUUGAUUGUACUGCCAACAGAUGCCUAGAUGAAAACCAUGCUGUGUCUGUUUUUUAGUUCUGUCAAAUGUGGCAGAAAAAUAUCAAAAAUACUGAGACUUAAGUUUUGCCCCACAUUAAUUUUUUUUAUUAGUGUGUGUGGCAUUAGUUUUUGUAAGUCAUCUCUAAUUGAGGAGUCGAGGGCGGGGAAUAACAUGAUCCUUGCAGGAAGGAUUAAACUUGUUCUCUUGUCUUUCUAAAUCCUGCAAAAGAUAAUGUGACUGUAUCUUGCUCAAACUGGGCAGUAUGAGCCAGUUUUGCUCUGCAUUGUAUCUGUGCAAUCCCACUGAAGUCUGUUUAAAGAAUGGAUUACACAAGUAACAGCAGAACUUGGCAAAUAUUUUAAUGAAGCCUUAAGCUGCCUUCAGUUCUGAUUCA